UCUUUUUUAUCAUAUGUUCAUACAUGUGGUAGCGAUCCCUGUUCCUUGUUCUGUUCGCUGUCCAUUUAGUUUAUUCAUUUGAAGUUUCUCUUUCUCUCUCUCUUUCUCGUGAGUUUUCUUCAGAAGCGGGAAGAGAGAGAAAAAGUUCAGAUUCUCCCUUUUCUUGAGGUCGGGUGUUCCGAUCUCAGGACAUUCAUUUUCCGGCGUAUAUUUCAUUGGCUAAAUCUCUGGAUUAAGGUCGUUCUGAUUCAGUCAUUUUUGGAGGAUUUGGCGGCUUUUUUGGUUCGCUGCUUACAGCUAGCUAGCUAGCUAGCUAGGAUUAAAGGUGAUCCGAAUUUUCUUCGACUUCCUUGCCGAUUAACAUUUUAAACGAAUCGCCUGUCCGAUCCUUUCAUUUUACAAGAAGCAUUUUUGUGUGGUAGCACAGCUGUCCUUUCUCUCUCAACUGUGUACGAAUUGCUAAAGAUUUCCUCUCUACCCACGCGUGGUUGUGUGGAGGACAAGAGUCUACUGACUUGGCGUUCGAGAGAGCCAUAACUAGGAUAUGGGUCAAACUGGCUUUGUCUGAGAUUACUGUGGAUUUAUCCGAUUAUUCUGUAGAUCCCGUGACGACGGUCAAAGUCUUGAUCUAAAGUCGGCCAACCAAACCCUUUUUUUUUCUCCACACAAAAUAAAAAAAAACUCGAAGAAGAAGAUGAUGGAGAUGACAACCAGAACGACAGUCCCGUCGCCAAUUAACAGCAAUUCCACCGGCGGCGAACGCGACGGCGCUUGGGAAAUGAGACCUGGAGGAAUGCUGGUCCAGAAGAGGACAGAUUCACACAAGGACCGCGUACCACCACCAAAUAUUCGGGUUCGGGUUAAAUACGGGUCGAUUUACCACGAAGUCAACAUCAGCUCUCAAGCAACCUUCGGGGAAUUGAAGAAGAUGUUGUCUGCACCGACGGGAUUGCACCACCAGGAGCAGAAGAUAUUAUUCAAAGACAAGGAGAGGGACAACAACACUUUCCUCGACGUUGUUGGUGUUAAGGAAAAAUCAAAGCUCGUCGUGAUUGAGGAUCCUAUUAGCCAGGAAAAAAGGUACCUUGAGAUGAGGAAGAACGCUAUAAUGGAGAAGGCUUUCAAAUCAAUCUCUGAGAUCAGCCUAGAGGUCGACAGGCUUGCGGGGCAGGUGUCAGCUCUAGAAUUAGUCAUCUCUAAAGGUGGGAGAGUUCCAGAGAAGAAUGUGGUGAAUGUGAUUGAGCAGUUGAUGAAUCAACUGCUUAAAUUGGAUGGAAUAACAGCAGAUGGGGAUGUUAAGCUUCAGAGAAAAAUGCAGGUGAAAAGAGUGCAGAAUUUUGUGGAGACUCUAGAUGUAUUGAAGACAAAGAACUCAAUGCCAUCUAGUUUAGAUGGUGCCAAUGAAAAUCAACAGCCUCCAUCGCCAUUGCAAUACAAUCAACAACAGCAAACAAGGCGUUCAAUUGGGCAUUCGCCUCUGAAACCUGCACCUGCACCUUCACCUUCACCACCUUAUCAUCAGCAAAAACAGCCACAAAGAAAUUCAUCAUCUGGUCCUGUCGUUAUAACAACGCAAUGGGAGACAUUUGAUUCGAUGCCACCUCUAAUUCCAGUCCAUUCAACCUCAUCGAACUCAUCACAUUCCCAGAAAUUCAAUUGGGAUUUGCUUUGAGUAACCUGUGAGAUAAGGAUUUGUUCUGUUCUGUUAUGUUCUUUCUGAUAGUGGUGGGGCGUGGAUGAGUGUUUUGCUUUGUUUUCCUCCAAUUUGGUUUGUUGCUUAUUCUCCAUUCUUUUCUGUAUUUAGAUAUUGUUAGUAUCCCCUUUAUCUGUGCCAUUUGAGUCCAGAAAUAAGUGAAUUGGGAUAGUCUAUUAGGAUUAGUAUACUUUCUUCUUCUUACUUCAUUUUUCUGUCAGUUUCAUUUAUGUCAUUGCCAUGUAUGAUUCCAGCUAAGAGACUGGUGAAUUGUUAGUUUAUACCACUUUAAAUAGUAGUGCACUUUUUAUGUGAA